AUGCCAUUUCUUUCUCUUCAAAUGAACAAAUCACCACAUUUACAGGUCAGCAAAGCAGCAAAAAAGGACGCCCACACCCGGGUAUAUCAGCCCGAGGACGCCCACAACCGGGUAUAUCAGCCCGAGGACGCCCACAACCGGGUAUAUCACCCAGAGGAUGCCCACACCCAGGUAUAUCACCCAGAGGCCGCCCACACCCUGGUAUAUCACCCAGAGGCCGCCCACACCCUGGUGUAUCACCCAGAGGACGCCCACACCCAGAUAUAUCACCCAGAGGACGCCCACACCCGGGUAUAUCAGCCCGAGGACGCCCACAACCGGGUAUAUCACCCAGAGGAUGCCCACACCCAGGUAUAUCACCCAGAGGCCGCCCACACCCUGGUAUAUCACCCAGAGGCCGCCCACACCCUGGUGUGUCACCCAGAGGACGCCCACACCCUGGUGUAUCACCCAGAGGACGCCCACACCCGGGUAUAUCAGCCCGAGGACGCCCAAAACCGGGUAUAUCACCCAGAGGAUGCCCACACCCUGGUAUAUCACCGAGAGGCUGCCCACACCCUGGUGUAUCACCCAGAAGACGCCCACACCCGGGUAUAUCAGCCAGAGGACGCCCACACCCAGGUAUAUCACCCGGAGGACACCCACACCCUGGUAUAUCACCCAGAGGUCGCCCACACCCAGGUAUAUCACCAAGAGGACGCCCACACCCAGGUAUAUCACCCAGAGGACGCCCACACCCAGGUGUAUCACCCAGAAGACGCCCACACCCAGGUGUAUCACCCAGAGGACGCCCACACCCAGGUGUAUCACCCAGAGGACGCCCACACCCAGGUGUAUCACCCAGAGGACGCCCACACCCAGGUGUAUCACCCAGAGGACGCCCACACCCAGGUUUAUCACCCAGAGGACGCCCACACCCAGGUAUAUCAGUCAGAGGACGCCCACACCCAGGUGUAUCACCCAGAGGACGCCCACAACCGGGUAUAUCACCCGGAGGACGCCCACACCCAGGUGUAUCACCCAGAGGACGCCCAGACCCAGGUGUAUCACCCAGAGGACGCCCACACCCAGGUGUAUCGCCCAGAGGACGCCCACACCCAGGUGUAUCACCCAGAGGCAGCCCACACCCAGGUGUAUCACCCAGAGGACACCCACACCAUGGUAUAUCACCCAGAGGUCACCCACACCCAGGUAUAUCACCAAGAGGACGCCCACACCCAGGUAUAUCACCCAGAGGACGCCCACACCCAGGUAUAUCACCCGGAGGACGCCCACACCCAGGUGUAUCACCCAGAGGACGCCCACACCCAGGUGUAUCACCCAGAGGACACCCAUACCAUGGUAUAUCACCCAGAGGUCACCCACACCCAGGUAUAUCACCAAGAGGACGCCCACACCCAAGUAUAUCACCAAGAGGACGCCCACACCCAGGUAUAUCACCCAGAGGAUGCCCACACCCAGGUAUAUCACCCAGAGGACGCCCACACCCAGGUAUAUCACCCAGAGGAUGCCCACACCCAGGUAUAUCACCCAGAGGACGCCCACACCCAGGUAUAUCAUCCCGAGGAUGCCCACACCCAGGUAUAUCACCCAGAAGAUGCCCACACCCAGGUAUAUCACCCGGGGGACGCCCACACCCAGGUAUAUCACCCGGAGGACGCCCACACCCAGGUAUAUCAGCCCGAGGAUGACCACACCCAGCUAUAUCAGCCCGAGGACGCCCACACCCAGCUAUAUCAGCCCGAGUACGCCCACACCCAGUUAUAUCUGUGGAACCCACGUUUAGGAUACCCUUUUUACCCCAUCGUGGCCCUAACUGCAGUCAGCGCUGCUUAA